AUGCGUGGAUUUAUUAUUUUGGCUGUCUUGGCUGUGGCUCACGCUGAUGUGGGUGGCUACAACUAUGGAGCUGGCAUUGGAUCAGGAUCCAUCGCUGGCGGCUCUUUGUCUGGAGGUUCCAUCUCUGGAGGCUCUCUAUCUGGAGGUUCCAUCUCUGGAGGCUCGAUCUCGGGUGGCUCCAUUUCAGGUGGUUCCCUGUCUGGGGGAUCUUAUUCCACCAACUACGCUCCCGUAAACACCGAGUUCAACAAGGAGUUCUACACCUACUCCGCACCCGAGGCCGAUUUCGAGGACAACAAGAGUGUCAGUGAUCUGGCCACUUCGCUGAAGAAGAACCUCCGUGUGGUUUUCAUCCGAGCCCCCGAGAACAAGGGCCUGGAGAACGCCGCCGUGGCCCUGGCCAAGCAGGCUGCCGAGCAGCAGACCGCCAUCUAUGUGCUGACCAAGCAGGGUGAUCUGUCCAGCCUGGCCAACCAGCUGCAGAACCUGAACCAGGUGACCGCCAGCAAGCCGGAGGUGCAUUUCGUCAAGUAUCGCACCCAGGAGGAUGCCAUCAAUGCCCAGCGCACCAUUCAGCAGGAGUACGAGCGGCUGGGUGGUUCCUCCACCUCCCACAACGGGGGCGUGGCACCCGUCCUGGACUUUGCCACCAAAGUGCAGCAGCAGCAACAGCAGCAGCAGCUGCAGCAGGUGCAGCUGAUUGAUGAGCGUCGGGCUUCCAGCGGAAGUGUAAGCGCCGAACUGGAGGUUCCUUCGGCAGGAUAUAUUCCACCACCAGCCGCAGCGCCCAGUGCCACGUACCUGCCUGUGAACAAGGUCAAGUAG